UGCGUUGCCAUGACACCAAGGUGCAGGCUUGGAUUUUGAAAACAUGAUAGUAGAUAAGCUAAACAGUGUUGUGACCAGUGUCAUAUUUUUGUGACCGGUGAACUUUAUCCUAUUCUAGCAAAGCUAAAGGUUUGACAAGUCAUUGCCAAUUGCCAUCGCUUAACUUUACAACAAUUCUAGCUAACGUUAAAUUAGACAGAUUUAAUAGAGAUGCGACCAAUGGUUCUACAGUUAAAUGCGACAUAACAGAGUAGCCUAGUGCUAGUCUACCUCCUGAAUUCUGUAAUUUUAAAGGAAAUGGACCACAACGAAUCAUCUUACUCACCACGUCGUUGUAUUGAGCACAAGUCUCCCGAUAACUGUGGACAGCCAGAUAUUUUCUACACCACCCGUCUAUGUAAAAAGCUUACCCAUCCGAGGGGAGACUUCGAUCUCACAGAUCCCUAUGGCUACAAAUUAAGCGCUGCCUACAACUGCCUCCAUGAUCCAAACCUAAAAACCUACUUGUACCGUAAAGAUAUUCAUAAGCAUCUCUUGAAGGAUGGAUUCAUUACUAAAGACAACAAAGUCACAUGCAAUUUGAAAGAGUACAACACAUACAAGAAAUACCUAACAGAUCUACAGAGGGAAAUGGACCAUAGGUUUAAGAUGGAGCAGAGAGAGCUGGUGCGCAAGAUACUCAUCCUACAGCAGGAGGGCAGGAUCUCCUCAGACGUGUCUGUGCCUGACUUCAUUGAAUGGUUGGUCUUCCAUGGUCAGGACUGCGUGCAAAAUGACAUGGAUAGGCCUGGACCUGGACCAGGACCAAAGAAGUCACAGAGUUGCGGCAGUAAUGUUUUGAAGCUACCGAAAUUGAAGACACAAAGCAAGUCACUUACCUUGUCUCACUACAGUGACACCGGACGUUACUUGUCAGGGAAGAUCUGCACUCGCCAGCAGCAGAUCCUCAAGGAGGUGGAGGAGGACGUGCAGAGAGAGCUGAGGCUGGAACGACGCAGGAAGGAGGCCCAGCAUCAGCGACAACAGCGGGUGCUGCCCUCACAAAGAAAUAAAUGGCAUCAACCUGAUCUAGCUGUUCAAGGCAGAGGACUGAGUGGUGCUUUAACCAACAUCGGAAUUGUAUCCCUGAAAGAGGCGGCAGGUGGGGAUAGCUUGAUGAUUAGGCGGCCAACACUUAAAAAACUGGCUUCACUGACACACACAGAGAAGAUGUCAAACCAUGCUGCUUGCCCUAAAACUACUGUGACACCAAUAGGAGAUACUGAGAAAGAUACUCCUAGACUCAAACCCAGAGACUUUUCUGGUGGUAAAGGUGGUGAUUACGGCUACUUGAUAUUCACCACAUUAAGAGCAGGUAUCCUCUUUGCAUGUAUUCCUUUUCAGAUAACAGGAAGAUUUCGGUCAUGGCACCACCAAAGCAUGUUCCUCUGGAGACCAAUGUUUCAUCCAACCCUGGAGGCAUUGGUGGAGAUUCACGUGAUAUUGUCACUGUUUCACAACUCAGUGAACAGAAGCAGACUGAAGAAAAAGAUGAAAUAUCUAAUCUCAUGAAGGAAAACCCUCAAGUAAUUACAGAUAUCGUCACCACAGUGAGGAAUGAUAUGAUAGGUGCCAUCAUCCCAGCCAUGCUGCAGUUUAUAAAUGAGCGUUCACCAGACAAACAAAGCUCCUCUGAGGACACACCAACUGCUCAUAAUAACCAUAUCGGUCAUGUUGAGGACACCAAACCAGUUGAUGGCAGUUUGCAGAAUGCCUGUUGUGCAUCAGUUCUGAUGUCCCCUCAGUCCUCCACUCAUUACAGUCAAAAGCUUAAAGAGCCAGACAGUAAUAAGAUUGAAUCACUCCCUGGUGACGAAUUUGGCUCACUAAAUACCGACCUGUUUAAAAAAGCUGAAAGGGUCAUCUGGAAAGCAGUGCAUGAAGUGAUGAAAACUAUGAUGUCCUCCUCUGUGGAUAAAGUUGAGCCUAAGUCUCAGUAUACUGCCAAUGAGGAGUAUUGCCAUGAUUUGAAAUCAACCUCCAGCACACAUGAAGGAUUUUAUGAUGGUGACAAAGCACUGCCAUACAAACAGUCUGUUUCACUGGUGAACCUUCAAACACAGAGGGAGUCUGUGGCCUGUGCAGAGCAGAUGUUCAUGGAUCCAACUGCCAAAAAAACACAGCAGGGAGAUGAUGGUUGGAACCAGGUCAAAGCCCAGCUCACCAAGCCAAGGCUUUUCUUUAGUGAACACAACUCCUCCGACUCCACACAGAAGAACCUAAUCUACUCACAGUUUGUGGAGGACAUUCUAGUGAGAGUGUAUUCCCUUUUUCCUGAUGAAAGCGUAGAAGCUGAUUCACAGAUAGAAACAACCAGCUCACCAUCUUCUUCUUCAUCAUUAUCACCAUCAUCCAGGAUGCAGAAUGAACGUCCCCCUCUGCAGGCUGAAAAAUCCAGUAGCGCACCGGUGUACAGUGUUUCUGCCGAAGGAGAACACCAUGCAGCUCAGAGAAAUGCUAGUGCCAGGCCAAAACUCCAAGUCGGACAGACCAUUAGACUGUUGUCUGCUAGACCAGUGUCCCCAGCAGAUGAAGUGACAGCUGUUGAGACAGAACAGUAUGCUGAUGAAAUGGUCAUGGACAUUAUGGAUCAGCUCAAAUAUGAAGCAGAACAACAGUCCAGAGAAAGUAAACACUCUGAGACGCCAGACUCAUUCACUUCGUCUGAAGAAUCUGUAGUGAUGAGGCAGGACAUUGAUUUCCCACAGGUCACAGAACUGAAUCCCCCAUCUUUUUGGACACCAAAAACACAACACCAUGAAGCAGUAGAGAUUUCUCACCAAAUCUUCCUCAGUAUCAAAAGUCAACUUGAUCAAGGACAUUCUGACACUGAGACUAAUGUUUCUAAAACCAUGGAAAAAGCUGUUCUUUGUGAAUUUGUUGAUUUGGCCCUGAAGAAGCUGAGCACCAUGUGUGAACCAAAGUAUUCCAUAAGUAAGAUUGUUGAAAUGUCAGAACACUUUCUAGGGCGCGAGUCAUCUCAACCUCAGAAACCGCAUGCUUCAGAGAAAGCUUUAGAGAUCAUGGAAAAUGUUAAGAUGGAGUUUGAAAAAACAGCUCAUCAGCAUGUUAAAGCUGUCCUUGAAAAAGGUGUCCUUAGUGAUUUUAACUCUUGCAAUGUCCAUCGCUGUCAAUGUACUUCCAGAGAAAAUCUGCCUUCAUGCCAGAGUUGCUUGAGAGCCAUGGGCGACAACCAGACUGAGCUUUCAACCUUAGCUAGUGAUAUUGUCUUUAUUUUGUGGGAGAAGUUGAUUGAAACAUCUGGUUGUGAUACAUCUGCUUGGUCUUCUAACAGUGAAACAAAACUGAUUAACUUAAUCAAAGCAAUAUCUGAAAUAUCAUCUCUCAACACUAGUGCGACCCAUGCAGGUUCAACUACACUAAAGGCUGAAUUUGCCAUGGAUGGAAUUAACCAUGCUGUUCAGACCAAGGUGAGGCAGUUUCUUGCUCACCAGUCUAAAGGUGGCCAAAGGGCUACGGACAAGGCAGCCAUAGUAGACAGACCUGUAGAUGCCAUCAUGAAUUGCUUCAGAACACCAGACAACAGUUGUGGGCAAGAGGUUCAUGAUAGUGUAUCUUCCACAACCUCAGAAAGUGCAUUUCAACACAGUACAGGACACAACUCCAAACAGACGUACACCACUUCUCAGCUCACAUGCUCUUCGAGUCCCAUCAUCAGCAGUUCAGGGCAUGAAAACUUCUCUGAAGCUUUUUCAAAAUCAGCCAUGUCACUUUUGAGAGACACUUAUGGAGAGCAAACAACAGACAUGAAGAUAAAGAAAGACACCAACAUAUCCAUUGCAGAUCCCACCUUUGAAGGUUUGGUAAUACAGCCACAUGCUAACAACAGAGCUCUGAUUGUACAGAGAGUUGUUGUGGAAGAACUAUCUCAAUGUCAGGCAGGUUCCCUGGAGAGUGAGAGGAACCAUCAAAGGUCCACUCAAACUCCACCAACUAUAAAGCCACCAGAGGUUGUUUGUCCAGGUUUUUCAGAACAGGUAGACGUUGUGGGCACGGAAAAUUUGAAAAUUCAUGGUAGUCCGAUCACUCAGACCAACAACCUAGCCAGACCCUCUCCUGCUGUGUUAUACCUUUUCAAGCCCACUUAUGAGAAGGUUAUUUUCAAAGUGUUAAUCAAAUGCAUGUUGGGUUCAGAAUUGAUCACAAAGCAGAGAGUGCUGUCUUAUGAAACACGGAUGCUUCAGGACAGGAGGACUCAGAGUGCAGAGUCUAUGAAGGAACGGGUAAAGAACACACAGAGACACAGGAUGUUGGAAGCCACACAUGCUUUUGGGUCACUCCAGGAAGCUGAUUCUGCCAUGACAACUAAGUCUGUGAAAGGCCGUCGACCACACAGCGCUGCAUCAGACUCCAGAGAAGUGAAACAAACUUCUAGAUCCAGGGGUAGCACUGCACUUAAUGGAUUGUCCUUAAGCCAGGACCAUCAUAGCCAGAGCAAACUCUGGAGAGCUCAGACACAGACCACUUCUGCAUCAAGAGCAUCCUUGAAUCACCCAGAUAUGUUUUGGAAAAACUUUCAAAAAGCUCAGACAACCUUGAAUCCGGUCACUGAUGGCUCUGGUAAAGGGCCCAGUGCUGUAAAGGCCAAUGCUCUUCGACAGCAAGGGAAUGCAGACAAAGUCAAAUGCCCUUUGUCACCCCAAAGCACUGACAGGCCCACCCCACCACUGUUAGCAGAAGCUAUCAAGGACAUUGUGGCUAACUUGUUGGUCAACAUCUAUUUUGAUAGACCUGAUACUCCUAGUGGUGCUUCCAGUCCUAUUUCUGAUCCAGCUUCACUAAAUCUUCUUGACAGUGUGCUUCUGCAGAUAGAGCGAUAUCAUCAACUGGAUGAAGUGGGUGCUGAUCAGCUCUCCUCCUUACACAUUGACACACAGGAGGUUGCCAGGUCUGUCUAUCGAGACUUGGUCAAUUACAGUGGCAGCUGUGAAAACUUGCAUUGUGCCAUUUCUGCCUGUGAGGAUCGCAUAGUGGAAAGGAUUGCAAGCUCACUGGUCAAAUUGUUGUCCAGGAGUAUCCAGAACACAGAUCACCUCAGUCGUGAUAACUUGAGCAGCACAGCCUCCACUCGACUGUGCUCCUUAGCCUCUACUCGCUUUAGCUCUGCAGCAUCCUGGAUUACUGAGGAAGCAGGCACAAUUUCUGGGGACAUUACACUUAGAUCUGUAGAUCUAAUAGAGCAAUCAAGUUCAUGUUCCUUAGAAAUGGCAGAAAACCUAAUGGAUGCAGUUAUGGUUGAGCUCUACACUGACCCAGAAAUGUUUGGCACCCCACAGCCAGACAACCUGAACUGGCCCCAGCUCUCUCUGGCUGAACUUAAUCAAGCAGCAACAGAGGUCUACAAACAGAUGUUGGAACAAUGUGGCUCAGUGGAGAACCUUCAAAGUGCUCUGAGGUCCAGGGAGAAAGAAGUGGUCACCAAAAUGGCUGUCGCAAUCGCAUCUCAAACCUACAGGCUAAUCUCUUUGAAUGAAUCAAGUGACACUCCUUUACCGGAUCAGACCUCUCAUCUCAAUGAUUCCUUAUCCAUAGGCAGUUCUCCACAGCAGUCUGGCCAGUGUUUUAUUUUUUACCAGACAGUAUGGGACAUCAUCUCAACACUUUUGCUUGAACUGUGUAAAAAAAAAACACACGCACAGCAUCUCACCCCAAAACUCUUUCUUAGGUCACUGAACACACUCUCAGAGUGUCCCGGAGUGAAAAUAAUUAAUGAUAAAAAACAGUGUGACAUCUCCAACUAUUACAAUGUUGUUGCACGGAUUGCGCUUGGGGCACGAAUAAAACUCAGUGAACAUCCUGACUACUGGAGUAUCCUGGAGACUUUGUUGACUGCCAAAGAUGAGGCUGCAGCUGGGAGAGUUGUGACCACUAUUGUUGAAGAAAUAUUGAAAUUUGCAUCACAUCCAUUUGAUGUCAUCCCAGUUCUAGAAAACCAGCAUACCUCAGAUGUUUGUAGUCUGCGUGCUGGCAUGCCAUGUUCAGCUUCAGACAACCCAAGCAGAGAUAUGACUCCAGUACCAGAUAGUGUAACCAAGGGGACACCUUGCCAGUCAAGCACAGUUGGCUCAAAGAAAGUGACGUUCUGGCCUUUUGCACAAGUUGAUUACCACAGUAAAUCACAAGCUCCACCCAAAAUGGGGUCUGAGAUGUCUGAUGAAGCACCCAGCCAACACCCAGCGAGUCACUUGAGAGGCAGAAGAGUGAUAAGUGUUAAAGUAAAGAAGCAUUCUAAGAAAGGUAGACCUGCAAGACCAAGGAGGCAGAAAAAUAAUGUGGAUAACGAGCAGACAAACAAGGAAACACAGGUGAAGAGUCUUGGAUCGUUCCUCUCAAAAUUCUUUCACUAGAAAACCGUGGUGUAUCGUAACAGCCAAACUGAACACGAGACUUCAAUAAAGUAAAUAAAGUUCAGCAGC